AUGAUGUUGCAAGGAUGGGUACAUGACAGCCUCACUGACAACAGACAUCCUCUGAACGUCAGUGGAAUUCACUGGACAAGUUGCAGUCACUUUGAGUUGGCUAAACUACCAAAGAACAAACCUGAAGUCGCUGUGGUGUUCGUCUUUGUCACCAUAUUGUGGAUUGAGCCUGAAAAUGAAACCAAGCAGAAGACAGAGCCUGGAGACAGGGAUGCACCUGUGUUAGCGCUGAGUAGGUUCCCACAAGUGUCCCACGCUGAGGCAUCAGAGGAGCCCCAGAGCAAGAAGCAGGAGACAAGCGCUGCCAAGGAUGAAGGCCGGCGUUAUACCUCCGGCCCCGAGGCUCGCGAGGACCCUGAGGCUCCCCGGACCCCGCCUCCACACCUGGGCCCUCCACUGGCGCGAGCCACAGGUGUCACAUUCCACAGCUUCAGGGUGGCUCAGCAGGAGAAGACCCCGCCGCCCAGGCCCAGCCUUCUGGAGGCAGGCGGCAAUAGCUGUGAGGAGCCCAAGCUGCAGAUGACUUGGGAGCAGGAGUUCCUGGUGGGGAACAGCCCGGAAGGCAGCGGGCGGGCGCUGUGCAUGGUGUGUGGGGCCGAGAUCCAGUUCCCCUCCGCGGACACGGCGCGCGCGCACAUCCUGGAGCAGCAUCCUCACACCCUGGACCUGAGCCCUUCUGAGAAGAGCAACAUCCUGGAGGCCUGGAGCGAGGGGGUGGCCCUUUUGCAAGAUGUCAGAGCUGAGCAGCCAUCCCCACCCAGCUCAGACUCGGCCCAGGAUGUCAGUGCAGACCCUGACUCUGCCCCAGACCCUGCCAGGAUGCCAGCAGAGAUCGUCGUUCUUCUGGACUCUGAGGACAGCACAGUCCUCCCGAGAAGGACCCGGCCCAGGGGACUCCGCCCCCUCGAGCUUCCAGUUGCCCCUGCCAUAGAGCCAGUAAAUAAGAAGCCUCGUAGUCAGAGAUGGAAGGAGCCCCCUGAGGAAGAGCCGGUCAGAAAGAAGAGAAGCAGAUCCAUGACCAAAAACCUGGACCCGGACCCGGACCUAGACCCGGACUCUGACUCAGACCCCUCGUCGCCUGACUCGCCCACGGAGGCCUUCACAGCGCCCCCCGAGGUCCGACACUUCACAGAUGGCAGCUUCCCUCCCGGCUUCGUCCUGCAGCUCUUUUCCCACCCCCACCUAAGGGCCUUGGACGGCAAGGGCGCACCCAGGGAGGGGCGAGCGGCCGAAGGAGGCCUCCCCCCGCUGGAGAGCCCCUCUCCAGGUCCCCCUUCGGGCCUUCGCGGGACACUGGAUCUCCAGGUGAUCCGGGUGAUGGAGGAGUCCCCGGCAGUCAGCCUCCUACAAGAUUGGUCCAAGCAUCCCCAGGGCACCAAGGGUGUGGGAGCAGGUGACACCCCAGACGCCGCGGUUUUGUUGGAAUCAGCACCACUGGGGGGGCGGCGAGAGGCAGGGAGUGGUGUAUAGGUUCCUGCUUUCCCGAGGACGGGGUGGAGGAGGCCAUGUCCCCUUUCGGCUUCUCGGCUUCCGCUCCGCCACCUGAUGAAGAGUGCCAAGGCCGGACGGAGGCGGGGAGGGGGCCGUGGCUGAGGCUGGUAGCGGUAGGGCACUGGGCCUGUGGAGAACCCCACCCGAUCCUUUUGCUGACCCAGACCUCUGUCCCCGCCGCCGCCCACCCUCUCGCCGCUCACCAUUCUCCUUUGGCGCAGUGCCUUACACCAGGAGGAGGAGGUCACCACGGGGUUUGAGCUGAGUCCCACUACCUCGGAGGACGCCCCUCCUCCCCCUGUUCAGGCCCCUAAGCCAGGAGGCCUCCAUUACCUCUUCCCGCUCCGCCCCUGCAGGAGGCCCAGCAGCCCACCUGGGGCUUCAUUCACUCCCACUCCUUUUCUCCUGUUUUCCAGUUGUAUAUAAAUCUCCUUGUUGACAAUAAAUUAUUUUUUUUUAUUAAGA